AUGGGUGAUCCGCAGUUUGCCAAGUACCCGGACCUCCAGCUGGCCCAGAGCAUCUUCCAGCUCACCAAUCCCGCCGCCUCCAAAGCCGCCAAACAGUCGUCGCUCAAGUCGGUCGAAGAUGCCAUCACCGAACACAAGAUGGCGCCACUCUACCGGUACCUCGCCCACCCGACAGACGGCGUCUUGAAUGCACCGGGCGAGGGCACGUCAGACCAGCCCAAAACAGCUCGAAGACCCUCCGCCAGUCUCGCCAACAUGCUCGCCACACGGAAGCCUUCACUAGAGGUGCCGCUGUCAUGGGACGAGAAGCGCUAUGAGAGCCUGAAGGCAGAGAACGAGAAGGAGCUCGAGGCAAUACAAAAAGAGGAAGACGAGGCAGCAGAGAAGGCGGGUGAGACUGAGGUCCAGGCGGCUCGGGGCAAGCGGGCAGAGCUCUACAACCGCAUGGGAGACAAGGACAAAGCGAUUGCAAGCUACGAGGCCAUUUUCGAGAAGACGGGCAUCCUAGGCACCAAGAUCGACCUGGUCCUCGCCAUAAUACGAGUCGCUCUCUUCUUCGGCGACAGGGUACUCGCAAAGAAGAGCAUCGACAGGGCGACUGCAUUGGUAGAGAGCGGAGGUGACUGGGACCGCCGAAAUCGUCUCAAGGCAUACACUGGACUGCACUACCUCACCGUGCGAUCACAUCUGCAGGCUGCCCCGCUCUUGCUGGACAGUUUGUCUACUUUCACGAGCUACGAGCUGUGCACAUACUCGGGCCUUGUCGUCUACGCCAUACUCGCAGGCUCCGUUUCACUCAAGCGCGUUGACUUCAAGUCAAAGGUUGUGGAUGCGCCCGAGAUCAAGGCCAUUGUUGGCGGUGGAGAGGAGAAGCUGUCCGCCCUCUCUGGCCAGACAUCCGCGGGUCUGGCAGCUGGCGAUGAGGAGAUGACUGAUGCUUCUGGGUCAAGUGCGACACCAGCACCGGCUGCGGUCAACCUCACCACGCUUGGCGGACCGCAGGACAAGGAGAUCCCCAUCGACUUUUCACCUCUCUCAAAAUUGGUAAAGAGCUUAUACGAGGGCGACUACAAGAGCUUCUUCGGCGCUCUCGGCGAGGUCGAGGUGAACUUCCUCAGCCAGGAUCGCUACCUUUACGAGCACCGCGGCUGGUACGUGCGCGAGAUGCGUCUGCGCGGCUACCAGCAGCUCCUUCAGUCAUACCGAGUUGUCGGCCUACAGAGCAUGGCCAACGACUUUGGUGUCACUGUUGACUUCCUCGACAAGGACCUUGCCAAGUUCAUUGCCGCAGACCGCAUUCCUUGCACCAUCGACCGCGUCAAGGGCAUCAUAGAGACGAACCGACCAGACGACAAGAACAAGCAGUACGCGGAUGUGGUGAAGCAGGGUGACCAGCUCAUCACCAAGCUGCAAAAGUACGGUCAAUCCGUCCGAUUGAGGGGAAGCGAGCGUGGCUAA